CUCCGUCCACCGUCUUUAAGAAAAAGAAUCCUUCCGCCGUAGAUUUUUUGCUUCAAACCAGCGGAAUUCGCCACGAUUUUCAGUUUGCCAUCAAAAUAUGGCCAAGCACCACCCAGAUCUGAUAAUGUGCAGGAAGCAGCCGGGAAUUGCCAUUGGACGCCUUUGUGAGAAAUGUGAUGGAAAGUGUGUGAUCUGUGAUUCUUAUGUGAGGCCUUGCACGCUCGUCCGGGUCUGCGACGAAUGCAACUAUGGAUCUUUCCAGGGCAGAUGUGUCAUAUGUGGAGGGCUUGGAAUUUCGGAUGCGUACUACUGCAAAGAAUGUACACAGCAGGAGAAGGAUCGCGACGGCUGCCCCAAAAUAGUCAAUCUUGGGAGUGCCAAGACGGAUCUUUUCUACGAGCGUAAAAAAUAUGGUUUCAAGAAAAGAUGAUCGGAAAAAAAAGCCAAACUUGCAAAAUGGUUUUGUGUGUUACUAUUUGUUUUGAGCAGUGUGUUUUGUGUAAAAACUUAAACUUCGAUGGUUGUUAUGUUAGUCUGUCUACUUGUGCUACUUUGUCAUGCUUUAGUUGAGCUUAACAUACAUAUGACAUUUUACAUACUCUUUAUACCUUCCUAAGAGUUAUAAGUGGUUCUUCAUUGUAAAGUUUUUGGUGUGUCCCCACGUUUUUAGAUUCUUGGUUAGUCUAGCAAUGAAGUUAAGGUUAUUCG